AUGGGUGGAAGCGAGAAACGUGAUCUGAAAUGGCUCCUUCAAGUUCAUCACAUUUGUAUGGUCAACAUGUACAUUAUUUUCCUUCUCUGCGUAUUCAUGAAUCUUUACGUGUUGUUGAGUAGAGAGGACACGAUUUUCUACUUGCGUGUUUAUCAUUUAUUGGUCGGUCUUUUGAUGGCUUGUUGCUCGGUGGUGAUGAUCGAGUUUUUGUAUCGAACGAGGGGUUUACCGAAAUUGGAUGAACCACAUGAGAUCCCAACACCGGCUUUAGUUGGUGCAAUUGGUUUAACGAUCGGUAUCGCGAUUGGAUAUCUCUAUUUUAUCAUCUUCAACUAUUCAUUUCAAGAAUGCGACAAGUUGGUUGACGCGAUUUAUAGUAGUGAACUCUGGAUCGAGACAUUGUACGAUGUGUUGAUGAGUGGCUUUUCUGUACUUUCACUCAUUUAUAUCACACAAAGAAGAUACUAUGGAGCGAUUAAUACGAGUUUAGAUAAAGUUGGCCGUCUCUUCAUCAACAUUACAUUCUCAGUUGUUUGGAUGAAAGUCGUCAUCUAUAAAGGAUAUCUGUCACAUAAUGAGCUUUGUCAACGCAAAGAGCUUGAAGGAUAUUGGUGUCCGGUGAUGAAAAGACAUUAUGAAUGCAAUCCCGCUUACGAUCUCAAAGGAACGAAAAAGAUUUGGUACUAUCUGAACAAAGGCCUCCUCAACACAGCUGUCAUUUCUUGUGCCUCUGAGUUUUUCCCAGUCCUUCUCGUUUCCCAUUGGCUAUCGUGUGGUGGAGCUGAAGAAAAAGCAGAGGAUAUUAUGAGAAGAGCACAGAGAAAAAUGGGUGUUCGCGGUAUGUUGAAAAACUUUUUCACUGAUAUUUCGCGGGUUUACGGUGAAACGGCUGUUGAUUUGAAGCCAUUGCAUCCAAGCACAAUUCUCAAAUGGUCAUUUUGGAUUCUUUCCUUUUGCGCCUCAUUGAUGGCAACGAUUAAAUGGAUGAUUUUCUUUUAUUACACCAUUGAUUUCGAUGCUCUUGUUGCAAAGCAUUGGUUGGCAGCGGAUCUUGUCUCAUUAGCCGCAAAUCUUCUCAUGACACUUCUCUUUUUACUGAUGUACCUUUUCGCGCGAUCAAUCAAAACCGAGAGGCUUGACGCUCAUCAUAAAGCUCACGCAAGAGGUGACAUCACAAUUCUCUUUGGCUCUUGUGUGGUUCUCUUUGUGAAAUUGGUCCUUCAAUCGGUUGAGUUAGAAUACCAACGCGUUGAUGGUUUUAUUAAACAAGAAGAAGCCAUCAUUCAAAUCAUUUCACUUUUAUUAACUCAUAGUUGCCAAUGGUUGCAAUAUUUCGCGAUUCGCCGAAUCUUAGCAAUGUCGGAUUCAGAUGUGAUUGCGACAAAGAGAUUUCUUCCAGUAGUCGGAAUUGCUGGUUUGGUGAUAGCUUGGGUGCAAUUCGGGUACACUUUCUUCGACACAUCACUCAUCAAGUAUCAACUCACUGAUGAGACUUUCCGAUACUCAUCAACAACACUAAUCUGUAUGAUUUUCACGCAAACGAUUUUCCCAGCUGAUUACCUCUUUCAUUUCACUGUUUCUGGAUGUUAUUUGGAGUUAUUGCAAAGAUAUCUUAAUUUGGGUUACUUUCAACUGGGCACUCCUCGGCUAUCGAUCAGCUCGCAUGGACAUCACGAGCAUGGAGGUGGAGAACAUGGACAAGGACAAGGACAUGGACAAGGACAAGGACAUGGACAUGGACAUGGACAUGGACAAGUACAUGGACAUGGAAAUGGACAUGAACCACAUGCAGCACACGGAAACAAUCACACUAAUCACAAUGAUCAUUUAAAAGUCACUGAAGAUCACCAUGGAAAGAAAAACGGUGGUCUGAGCGGCCCGAUGAACGACAUUUUCCGAGCAGCCGCAAUAAUGGAAAGGAAAAGAGCAGAAGCGGAGAAGGAUGGGGCCAAUAGCUCAUCGGAUGAGGCACCCUCAAGCAGCUCCUCGUCAGCCCAUCGCCGGCGUCAAUCCUACAAUGUGGAACAUGCA